AUGUCUUCACGAUAUCCACCAUCAUCUGGGUUCAAUUCCCGUGACCGUUCUCCACAACGCUUUGGUGACCGCCGCCCUCCUGCUGGCCCUCGUGGUCCCGACGAUGCGAACUUGCCUCCCUUGGGUAGAGAGCCUCCGCGGGGCCCCAAGGCUCUGAUCGACCAUCCUCGAGGCGCGCCGUUUGGUGGUCGAGGCCGCGGGUUCCCCGGCCGCAGCGACUUUCGUGAGCGUGACCGCGACCCCAGAGAGCGAGAUCGAGAACGAGAUCGAGAUUUUCGAGAUAUUCGCGAUGGCCCUCCGCCGUUUCGCCGUGACUUGGACCGGGAUUGGCCCCGCCGCGACCGGGAGUUCGACCCUCGCGACACCCGGAUCCCAUUCGGUCGUGGCCGCUCUCGCUCUCCGCCAGCGCCCCCGCGCGACUUCCGUGACAUGAGAGAACCGGUGGGACGGGAUCCAGACAUCGUAAGGAUGCGCCGCGGCUCGCGAGACAGUUUGGUAUCCGUGUCCUCGACCGCCCCAGAUGGCCCAUCUCUCGGACCGGGUCAUCUCCCUCGAAACGGUCCGAUGCGUGGUCGUGGUCGCGGCGACUGGGAAAUUGGUCGUGGACGUGGUCGGAUGCCCUACUUGGAUGAUCGAGAUACCUUCCGGCGCCGGAGCCGUUCCCGAGAUGGCCGAUGGGAUCGGGAACGGGAGCGAGAGCGCGACAGGGACCGCGAGCGGGAACGGGAAGCCAGAGAUCGCAUCCUAGACCGGGAUCGUGAAAGAGACCGUGAGCGAGAUAGGGAACGGUUGCUGGAAAGGGAUCGAGAACGGGACAUCGACAGACGCGACCGCGAACGGGACCGCGACCUCGACCGUCGAGAUCGGUUUGAGCGACGGGACGAACUAGAUCGACGUGUAGACCGUGACGAACGUGACCGACCGCCAGCGGUUCGAACGGAGGGACGCGCCAACAACCUUCCUACCCCUGCUCCUGGACCCAAUGUUCCAACGGCUGCAGGUGCUGGACCCGAGCGGAUUCCCGAGCGGAUUCCCGACCAUCCCAUGCCCGAUUCGGCUCGCAAACCGUCCAUGGCAGAACCCCGUCGUGAUUCGGUGCGACCUGAUCCCCCCCUCGUGCGCCCCGAGACCGUCAAAGAACUUCCACCUCCUGUGAAGCGAUCUCCCCCGCCGGCUGCCCCUCAGGUGCCGGCAUUUGGCUCCGUCACCGCACCUCUACCUGAUAUUUCGACAGACAAACCGGCAGCCGAUCCCACUCCUUCAGAAUCGGCGCCACCCCCGUUGGAGAAAGAGCGCAGUGAAGCUCCCCCACGGGCUCCCGUACAACCUCCCACGGGUCCCAAGGCCGAUCGGGUGCUAGCGCAACCGCCCUUGGAACGGAUUCGGCGUGAUGACGGUCGCCGGGAUAAUGGCCCAGAGGCUCUCGACAAGGACGAAGCCAUUCCGAGGGCCCCUAAACCGCAACCCGGCCUCGGUGCGCAGGCACGGAAACAGACACCGGAUCUCUCCCCCCCAACCGCUCCUGCCGCUAUGAUUGGAAAAGAGCCUGGAAAGGAGUCGAUCAUCCCUUACCUAGAAGCGCCUCCGGCUCACAAGGCUGGGUCCGCUAUGACGUCGCCUGAACUCAGCAAAGCACUCGCCCCAAGCGCAACGUCGCCGGGUCUCCAUACAUCUCCGCGCAUGCCUUACUCCAGUAUCCCAACGGGACCCCGCGCCCUCCAGCGACAGCCACCGAACCGAGGUCCUGCCAAGGGUAAGCAAUGGGUGCGUCCUGGCUACAACCGUCCUCCAACUGGGCCGGGGUCGGGGCCGCCGACCAUGAAACGGGAUUCUAUCGAUGGCAAAGAUCGAAGUUUGUCCGUUAGCGAAGAAGCAAAACGGGAGGUAGUCCCUUCAGCCGAGGAGCGUGCUCUGGGGCUAGAGGCUGGCGAAAUUCUGCCUGACAAGGACACUGAUGGCGAUGUCAGAAUGUCACCGGAACCACCGAAGCCUCAAGAAUCACCCCGUGCAGUCACUCCGGUGCAAACGCCGGCGGCUGACGUUGUCCCAGAACCACCAGUUGUUGUAGAGACCAAACCCGCCGCUCCCGACGAUACUAUCAUCCCCGAUUUUGGCCGGACGAGCGACGAUGAGGAGGACGAGAACGUGGUGUUUACCCAAGAAUAUCUGGAGGAGCGAAAGCAAAUCUUCGAGAAGGAUAUGCAGGCCCUUCGGGCCGAAUUGCCUGCUCCACCACUCGAGGAUCCGCACAUUGUUUCCCUGCUAAUGCAGAUUCAACUUCUGGGAGUCAUUGCCCACGAGCAGACCGUUACAGAGAUUGUUCCCUCGCCAACGCCGGCGCCGGCGCCUCCCAUCGAAGUGGAGGCCGCGAAACCAGUCGAGGAAGAGCAGGAGGCCGUUGCCGUAGUUGUCAAAAAGGACGAGGAGAUUGAGGCUCCCAAGACACCUCCCAAGCUCGAUCUCGAGACGACACCACCUACCAAUGGAUUGUCUAUUGAGAACCUACCAUUCCUCCAUUCUGGCCCGCCUACCCCGAUUUCUGACCUCGAUACGUACCAGGAGAAUGUCAUGUCACAUACUCAACUGAGAGAUGUAUUCAGCAAGGAGCUGAUGCAGCAGCGAAAAGAGAUCGCGCGCAAAAACGCUAAGCUCCGCGAGGAAUUUCUCUCCUUUUACAAACCGUGGCGACUGCAGGUUUGGGAACUGGAUCGGGCCAAGGUCAAACGGGCAGGCACACCAGUCGCAGCGACACCGCCAGCUCCUCCUACUCCCACGCCGCCCGUCGCCGAAGGCCGGAGAUACAAAGGUAACAGUGAGCUCGAUUUCCAGAAUGCUCUCAGAGCGUCGGAGAUUUCUGCCCAGGAAGAAUUGGAACGCCGCCGCGGGAACAAAGCCACAGCUCAACCCGAUUUGGCUCGGGAAGCCGUCAUUCCCGACAUGCUUGAGCCAAAGGAAGCGAAAGCGCAAGUCUACAAGGAUACGAAUAACACCGUCGCAGUGGCGGACGCGAUGGAUGUGUUUGGUUUCCAUCCACCCCCCAAUGACUUUACGCCGGAAGAACAUGAAAUCUUUACCGAUGCGUUCAUGGCGUAUCCGAAAAAAUGGUGGAAGAUCGCCGAGGCAUUACCGGGACGGGAUUUCCAGCAGUGUAUCAUACACUAUUAUCUCACCAAGGAAGAGAUCAAAUACAAGGCCAAGCUGAACAAGAGAUGGAGCCGUCGCGGGCGCGCGCGAAGAUCCGCUCGACCCAAGUCGAAUGCGCUGAUGAAGGAUCUUGGAGUGGUCAAACCGGAUUACGAUGGCGAGGAAGAACCAGCGCCUGUUACUGAUACAGGCCGCCCGCGUCGUGCGGCAGCACCCACCUUUGGCGAUUCUUCUGCUGCCGAUACAGACGCGAAUGGCCGUCGUGGUAAUGCCAAUAAGGACGGCGAACCAUCCGAGAAGCCCACAGGGAGACGAGGCGGUCGCGGUGGCACGGGUACACGUGGGACUAGACGAGGCAAGGCUGCGCAGCAACAGCAACAGCAACAGCAACAGCAACAACAGCAGCAGCAGCAGCAGCAGCAGCAACAGCAACAACAGCAACAGCAACAGCAACUGCAGCAACAACAGGCACCACCGCCGCCUCAACCUCAGACACAACCGCCGACUCAGACACAGAAACCAGCACCUACCGCGGUGCCUGAACAGCCGGUGCCAACAUUGCCAACGCCAGCGACCGGAGUUCCCGUUGCCCCCUUGCCCAAAAAAGAGGCUAUCGAGACAUCCAUGGAUGGUACCAUCGAGACCACCGCCGUACGGAUCAAGGAAAGUGUUGCGAGGGAUUCUAUCGAGGCGCCUCCGCGAGCAAAGACUGGGAGAGGCCGCCAGAGGGAAGGAGUGUAUGUUUUCGACACUGCGGAACAUGAGACUCCGGGGCCUGCCAGGCCGGCAGAGGUUGGUUAUGGGUCUUUGCAGCCUACAAGCUACUGGUCUGUGCCGGAGCAACGCGACUUCCCGCAAUUACUGGCCUAUUUCGGGAGAGAUUUCGAGGGCAUUUCCAAUUUCAUGAAGACGAAAACCACCGUGAUGGUUAAAAAUUACUUCCAACGGCGCAUCGACUCGGGUCAGAAGGAUUUCGAAGAUAUUGUUGCGGAUGCAGAGGCCAAGAAGGCCCGUGGUGAGCGCACUGGUUCGCCGCCUGCACCUACCCCUCCUUCCAAGCGACGCUAUGAAGCCACGCCAUCGUCAGUCAUGCCCCGGCCACUUGCACCUCAAACGGAGCCUGUCCCCGAGGCGGAGGAGACGCGUACAGCUACCAAGGCGAAGAACGUGGCCAGUGGAUCGCAUUUGGUGCCUCUCCAUGCUCGGCCGCCCCCGGAGAAAGAGCGAAAUAUGUCCAGAUACCCUCCGCUGGCGCAAGCGAGCAGUGUGCCUGCGACGGCAGUGCCCAUGCCCGGCGAGGAUUCGUCUCGAGCAAUUCGGUCGCAAGUCGGUCUACCGCCGCGCUUACGGGGUCCACAGAUGGGCUACUUCACCGAGGAGAGGCGCGAGGCUCCGGCUGCUUAUGCAAAUACUCGUCCCCAGGAAGCACCACUCUCCGCGCGCCAGACGGCUAUGCCGGGAUCGGAAAUGGCGCGGCUGGAGUCCCUGCAUGCGCAAGGGGGCUAUCGCGGGGCGAAUAUUGACGUGCAUGGAUCGCCUCUGCUGACGACUCAAGGGGCUGUCCCUCCGUCGCAGCAGGCGUACAUGCAAUCCCAGUCUCAGCUCCAGCAUGGUUAUAUGCCGCAGGCCACACACUCCCGCCAAGCGAGUCUCACAAAGCCUCCUGGCUCGCCUGCGCAGCCCUUACCAAGGCAGGACCCACACAUAGCUCCUGUCCGGCGGGAGUCUAUCAGCCAGCGAUCAUUCUAUCCUCUGCCUGGUCAGCAUAUCGGUAUUCCUCAACCGCCGCCGAUUCUGUCCCCGCAGAAGGAAGCACCGCGACCCGGCUCUAUCCCGGCCGAGCUUGCAGAGGGACCGCGGCAAGUGCCGGCGAAGCGGUCGAACAUCAUGAGUAUCCUGAACGACGAGCCCGAAGAGCCACAGCCUCGGAAGCGGUUCGCCAGCGACCAGGCCACAUCCCAUGCGCCCGCCCGGCCAGUGUCCCCAUCCCGUCCCGUGUACACGGGCACUCAUUCGCUGCCUUCACAACCAACCCCACCACGCCAGGAUGAGGCUUUCAUGGCAUCUGCCCCGCAGAAGACUCCGGCCUACAGCCAGCAUAGCCAGUACCUACCACCGUCGCGCGCCUAUGCCGAUUAUCAGGGCUACAACCCUGCCCCUGGCGGAUCUGGUCCAUCGGCCCAUAACGACUGGAUGGCUCGAUUCGACCCACGGGGUCAGCCGCAACUGCAGCAACCGCCUCCACCACCACAGCCGCAACAGCCUGGUCCACGUUCAGCAACCAAUAUGGCUCCCCAGCCGCCCUUCUCGCCAUAUUCGUCUGGCCAAUCCCAGCCGGCUCCCGGUCAUUCCAACCUGUCUGCCCCCUCUCCUGCCCCGACUCCUUCCCCGGCUCCCGCUCAGCGCCCGCUCUAUGCGGGCUCGGUUUAUGCUCCGUCCCCAUCGUCGCAUGCCCAGGCGGCGGGCGCCGGCCCCCGCGAGUUGUCCUCUCAAACUCAGAUGUUCCGGUCGGCCGUCGGCUCGCCCACAUCGCGACACAGCAGUAUCACGUACGGGUCUCGACAGGGGCCACCUACGCCGGUUCAAUCGCCGGCGAAUCUGCUUGGGUUGGGAUCGCGACCGCCACCUGCAGGGGCCGGGUCGUAUGCGUCGUCUGCGCAAUCGACGCCGGCGCCCCCCGCCCACCUGCCCGGUCAUUCUGGCGGCCACCAGUCGUAUCAGCAGCACGUCCAGACGAUGGUCAGUGGUGCGCACCAGCAGCAGUCUCAUCGGUCCUCUCUGGGGCUGGCCGGCGCGCCCUAUGGCCACAACACGCCACCGCCACAAGCGCCGGGCUCUCGCGGGGCAGGACUUUCGGUGCCGCCGUCGCAAUCGGUGGGGAUUGGUCGUUCGUACACGCCUCCGGCGAUCUUGCAACCGAACCCGGCCGGGGGAAUGGGCUAUGCACCGGGCGGACCGUCUGGCGGCAUGCACCCGCUACAGGCCCGGCCGUCGGGUCCCGGAUCGCUGGGGGAACCGGUGCCUCCUGGCCACGGUGGUGCCGGACAUCACCGGGUCUACAGCCAAGGAUCCAGUGCCGGGUCCCUUCCUGGUCAUGGGCCUCGAUAA